AACAAUUGAAAUGCAUAUUUGACACCGCACGUGGAGAACAAAUGUUAAACGAAAAUAAAGCAGACGCAAUUGAAAAAUAAAAUAUAUCCCUGAAUAGAAAAUACGUAAGCAUGGAGCUGGAAAAUAUUGAAGUGGAUGCCUUUAUGCCCGCUAAGAAGGCACAAAAGCGCAGCGCUAAUGCAAGUAAUCAAGAUGAGGAAAUGCAGGUGGACGCUGCAACAGGCAUCGAAGCCAAGGAACGUUCAAGCCAUGGGCAGGCGCCACCAAAGGCCAAAAGGAUACGUAGCGAGCUGCGCAAGGUAUCCGUGCCACCACACAGAUACAGCUCACUCAAAGAACAAUGGAUGAAAAUCUUCACGCCGGUAGUGGAGCAUAUGAAACUGCAAAUCCGCUUCAACAUGAAGGCACGUCAAGUGGAGCUGCGCAUUGGACCCGAAACUCCAGAUAUAUCGAAUUUGCAAAGAGGUGCUGACUUUGUCAAAGCAUUCCUGUGCGGCUUUGAGGUGGACGAUGCUUUGGCACUGCUCCGUUUGGAGGAUCUCUUCAUAGAGACGUUUGAGAUCAAGGAUGUGAAGACGCUGCGCGGCGAUCAUCAAUCCCGUGCCAUUGGCCGCCUCGCUGGCAAGGGUGGACGCACGAAAUUCACCAUCGAGAAUGUGACCAAAACUCGAAUUGUGCUCGCUGAUAGCAAGAUCCAUAUACUGGGAAGCUAUCAGAAUAUUCAGCUGGCACGCCGCGCCAUUUGCAACCUGAUCCUUGGCUCGCCGCCAAGCAAAGUUUAUGGCAAUCUGCGAGCCGUUGCGUCUCGCCUCUCGGAACGCAUGUAAAGGCUGUGAUCAUAGGGCCACACUGGGAGGGCCUAGGAUGGACCUAGACUACAAUU